AUGCUCAUGGCUUCUCACACUGACACUGUUGUUUCUUCUCUGAACCUGGCUCCUGAGAGCAAUGGCCUCCACCGCCUCAUACACCAUUAUUUCUCUCCCAGGAUGCUGCUGCAGAUGCUAGCUAGUUGGACACAGAGUGAUGAAGAGACUGGUGACUUGAGGAUCCAUCGAUCUCCUGAGUAUUUGUACUCGUAG